CAGCACCAUAAUGUCGGAUGAGGCAAGCUGUGCGGCGGACACGGAGGAUGACAAACAUUAGCAAAGAGUCUGCACACAGUGCUGAACGACCAUUGCUGCAAUCACCCACAUCACGGCUAUCUGUCAAGCACGUCGUGGAGGUCAUGUAGAGUUUCGAUGAGUACAAGUGAUAUCUUGUUAAGAGCAUUGGGUUUGGCGGAAUGCUUGAUCUCCAACUGCAUCAGAAAUUAAAUCUCAAAUUCAGUGCAUGGACAAUGAGCAAAGUUAGCACCCACUGACGGGCCAUUGUACUGGCUGAGAACAAAAUACUGAAGUUUUGGCCAGAAGAUGUUCACAAAAUUUUUGGUAUCCCAUGUGGGUACCGGAAUAUCAAGGGUCGUGAUGGCCACAUCAAACCAGAAGCCAUCAAGUUUAUAAAGACUACUUUGGGGAUGGACAAAAAAGGAGUUCACAGUCUGGGUGCAGCUGAAGAUUUCCUUAAGAGGGAUAUUUCUGAAUCAUCAAGCAAGCUCGAGAAGGAUUGCUUCCAAAUUGCCUUCGUUAUUUUUGUCAUGGGUCACGUCCUUGCGCCCAGCACCAAGCAUGAUUAUGGUAGUAUUGAUUUUUAGGGAGCGUUGGUGGACACUGAAAACAUAGGCCAAUUCAAUUGGUGCGAGUACAUGGUUCAAUGCAUGCUUGCUAGUGUUAGGAGGCUCAAGACUGAUAUUAGGUCCGGCAACAUGGCAACCAACCUAGUAGGAUGCCACCUCUUCCUGUAGAUUUUCUUGCUGGACAACCACAAUCUCUUCAUGAUGACUAAGCCGCACUCGGUGCUUCCUAGGGCCAGUGUGUUUGAUCAAGACUCAUUCCGUAAAAUGAUAAUCCAUGCUACUGAUGUUGGGAAGUCUACCUCAUCUUACGCGAGUGCUCCGAUACAAUACUACUCCCUUGUGUGCUAUGCUCGUUCCAAGCAUGGUGAGGUGGAGAAGUCAGACUCUAGGCACACCGCAAAGUCGCCACAGCGGCCAGCUACGUCCUGUGCUGGUAGCUCUGCCAAGUCCAGUCGCAAAGACCUACCCAGCCCAUCUCAUGCACCCCAUUUGAUUCACGAGAUGAUGCCGACCACAAUACGCAUGCUUGGACCUUAUGAUUUCUUGAAUCACCUAAACAGGCAGUACCCUCACCUGGCUAGUGAUGAGAUGACAGUCCUACUGUAGGAGUUAAAUGCUCGUUCUCUAUCACACAUUACAACUACGCGCAGGCAAAUCCAGCUUGAGAUGAUGAGGUUCGCUGACAAGCUGUACAGUGCAAGGACUCGCAUAUGCACUUGCUGUACAACACGUGCACAUGCAGUCCCCCCCCCCAGAGCUACGUCUGCUACAAAAGAUGGUGGUGUUACUACUCCAGCAACAACUCCUUUUGUGGGCUGCCGCCUGGAGUUAUCGCCAUGUGAAGGGAUUACUUCCACAAGCAAGCGAGCAAAAACUGUGCGUAUCCAUCAAUGCCCAUCUGAACCGAGGAUGGAGUCCGCACUCAGGCACGUCCCGCGAACUCUCAAUUUGUUUGCAAAGCAGAACCUAAAUGGAAUUAGUGAACUAUAUAUCGACCUCCCGAACGAUGCUACAACUGCCAUUUUCGGCCAGAGGAGCAAUGAUCUUCCCGGAUGCAAGUAUGUGUCUCGUCCUGGAUUCCAGACAAACCCCUGGUGUAGAGGAGUUGUCACGUGCCCUCCACAACCUGGUGUAGCUCACCUAAUUCAACAACACUUGUUGAACGCUGAUGGAACCGAGCUAGCAGGGAACUUUAUUGUUCACGAGGAACCAAGAUUUAUCAAGAUCACCGUCUUUGUCAUACCCGAUCAGCUCGCUGGCAACAACAUAAUUGGUCAUGAAUUGAUGUCAAUUCUUUUUCGGCGGUUUGCUCAGAUCGAUUGUGAUGCCGAAACCGAGAACCCAUUCUUAAGAUGGACGCACCCACUUGAGCCUGAACUCUCAGUAAGAUAUUGUAUUCAUCGCCAAUGUCACAUUCCGAUGUUCCUCGAAAUGUUGAACUACGUUUAACAUUUUUCAC